AUGAACUUCUUACGUCGAAGAAGGCAUUCAAGCGAUGAAGAGGACGAUGAUGUCCUUAACGAUUCAUCUUCAACGGUAAAAAAAUCUAGGAGACCACCAAACACUGCAUUCAGACAACAAAGAUUAAAGGCAUGGCAACCGAUUUUAACACCUAAGUCAGUGAUACCGUUCUUGUUCGUGCUAGCAGUGAUAUUUGCGCCAUUAGGUAUAGCGAUUUUACGUACUACUUACAACGUGGAGCUAAUCACUCUCGAUUAUUCGAAAUGUGAAUCCUUAAAGAGUAACAGCUUAGAAGAUGUUCCUUCGAAGUACACAAGUUAUCAUUUUAGGAACAAGAAUACAAAUCCUAAGUUCCAGUGGAAGGUCGUAAACUCUACUGACUCUUUCAAAGACUUGGCACAAACUUGUGUGAUCCAAUUUGAUUUACCAAAAGACAUAAAACCUCCUCUCUAUCUAUACUACAAACUAACAAAUUUUUAUCAAAAUCACAGAAAAUAUGUCGAAUCUUAUGAUUUGGAGCAACUUAAGGGUAUAGCGGUGUCAUCUGACGAUGUGACAGAUAAGUGCAAGCCAGUUAAACACAUUGGUGAAGGGAAAAAUGCAAAACUUGUGUAUCCAUGUGGGUUGAUUGCAAACUCAUAUUUUAACGACACAAUUUCAAGCCCAGUCUUGUUGAAUGCAAAGGGCAAUCAAGACAACCAGACCUACGAAUUUAGUUCUACAGGUAUCUCGUGGAAAUCAGAUCGUGAUCAUAAAUUCAAAAAGUCUAAAUAUAACCCUAAGGACAUCGUUCCCCCUCCAAACUGGUAUAAAAUGUUUCCUGACGGUUACAACGACACAAAUAUGCCUGACUUACAGACCAUGGAACAUUUGCAGAAUUGGAUGAGGACUGCAGGUUUACCUUCGUUUUACAAACUUUAUGGUAAAAACACAUCACUGACUCUUUCAUCUGGGACAUACCAAAUCCUGAUAGAGAUGAAUUAUCCUGUGUCAAUCUUCGGAGGUACCAAGAGUCUUGUGAUUACAAAUAACUCAAUAUUUGGGGGCCGCAAUAUGAGUCUAGGCGUAAUAUAUAUAAUUGUUGCCGUGAUCUGUCUUGUCCUUGCAAUAGCCUUUUUAUUACAACAUUUGAUAUGGCCAAGGAAAAUCGGUGAUCACAAUUACUUGCAUGGAAAUAACCCUGAGAGUGCUACUACUUUUAGAGAUCAAUUAUAG